CGUCCUCUCCUCCCUUCUCAGUUUCUUCUCCUCUCCAACAUUUCUGAUCCGACGCCGUCCGCCGACGCAAUUGUCUUCUGUUUUGAUUCCUUUAUGCGCCUAAUCGUUCCAUUGCGGCAAGGUUCUUGUUAAUUCUCGCCAAUUUUUAGUUUCCGGCGGACGGAUAACCGCCAACAUUCGUUCUCGUUGGAUGAGCCGUCCGUCCAGGACGAGGAAUGUACACUUUCUGGCGUCAUUUCUCCUGCUGGUCCGUUCCACUGGUUCUCCGGACGUAUUCUUGAACCUGAGGAGAAUAACAAUUUACCCUACUCGCGCUGAGAUCUGAAGCCUCACGGCAAUCCUAAUAAUGGAACGCAUGUGGGGGAUCCUUUUUCUUUCUGUUUCUGCAAAAAUUGUCCGUCUUUGGGAUGCGUCGAAUCCCAGUAAUUGAUGGCGUCAGCAUAUGAUUCAAGAGUGCUUCGUGGAUCAUAAGGUUGAGCUUUGGCAGAGGCCGCGAAAUUGAUCCCGGCGUUUUCCUGGUUAGGGUUUUCUUGCCUCUGCUAGAAUGGCGAUAAGGCAGAAAACUGUGCCGGGCACGAUCAGGACAGGUGGGAAGGUCUGGCUGUAUCUUGUGUUGCUGACGUUGCAGUAUGGCGCGCAGCCUUUGAUAACGAAACGCUUCACCGGGAGAGAAGUUAUUGUGACCUCUUCUGUUCUGGCAUGUGAAGCAGCGAAGGUUGUAUGUGCACUUCUGUUUCUUACUACAGAGGGUAGUCUUAGGAGGAUCUUCAAGGAAUGGACGUUGAUUGGUUCUCUAACUUCAUCAGCUUUACCGGCAGCAAUUUAUGCAUUACAGAACAGCUUGUUGCAGAUUUCAUAUAAGAACCUCGAUUCACUUACUUUUUCAAUGCUUAAUCAAACAAAAUUGUUCUUCACAGCAUUGUUUACAUAUCUGAUUUUAGGGCAGAAGCAGUCAGUUCAACAAAUUGGAGCUCUUAUCUUGUUGAUUUUUGCUGCUGUUCUGCUUAGCAUAGGGGAAGGUUCUGGAAAAUAUUCCGAUGGCUAUAAUUCAGACCAUGUUUGGUUUACUGGAAUUAUUCCUGUUUUGGUUGCAUCUGUACUCUCUGGUCUUGCUUCUUCUCUCUGUCAGUGGGCUUCUCAGGUGAAGAAGCACUCUUCCUACUUGAUGACUAUAGAGAUGUCACUUAUUGGUGGUUUCUGCUUGUUGGCCAGCACUUACAGUUCUCCAGAUGGGGAAGCCAUUAGGCAGUAUGGCUUUUUUCAUGGCUGGACUGCAUCGACACUGAUUCCAGUAGUAUUUAAUGCCCUUGGUGGAAUAUUAGUUGGACUAGUUACCACCUAUGCUGGUGGUGUUCGAAAGGGCUUUGUCAUUGUUCUUGCACUGAUUGUCACAGCACUGCUACAGUUUAUAUUUGAUGGGAAGCCCCCCACCUUGUACUGUUUAAUGGCUUUUCCUCUUGUCGUGAUGAGUGUCUCCAUCUAUCAGAAAUAUCCUUACCGUAUUAAGCGGAAGGAAUCUUGAAAGAUCAGCUCUUCUCCUCCAUUGUACGAUGCUACAGAUUGGCAUUAAUCAUCGUGAAUACAACAGAUAUGCUUUCAGCACUUGGCAUCACAAUUCUGGUUAUAUGUUAAUAUUUGAUGACUAAUCUCUCGAUCCAAGUUUUGGUUA